AUGAAUGAAAUUAAAAUUUGGAAAGCGGAGGGAGUUCAAGAUAAAGACUUAAAAUUAAAAAAAACAAAAUUAACAAUCUCAUACAAUCAAAAAGAUAAACAAAUUAAAUAUAUAAAAGAUGGUGAGAUUUUAAAAUAGUAUAAACAUUUUUAUGUUAGGGAAUUUCUCAGCCAUGAAUAUAUAGAUCGGAAGAAAAUCUUAAACUUAGAGUAAAUUAAAAAUUUAACUUGGAAAAGUGAAAUAGGAUUAAAAAUUGAAAAUUUAGACUUUAUGAUUGCUUAUUGGAAAGGAUAUCCUUUAUAAAUUGGUGGAUUUUAAAAUGAAAAGGGUGAAAAAACAGGGAAAUGGAUAGAAUUAUCAGAUUAUUUUUGGGAGUAUUGAAAAAAUGCUAUUGAAGUCGUUGCAAAGUCAUUAAUUAGGGGUAAUAUAAAAAUGGAACUAAAUUUGGAAAAUGGGAAAUAUUAUAAGAAUAAAAAGUAAUGUAAGAAGAUUAAGAUAAUUAGUGGUGGAGGUCAUUUUGAUGAUAAUGGGAUAAAAUAAGGAGAAUGGAUUGAAUUGCAUACAAAUUAUUAUAAGUAUUAAUAAUAAUAAUUUAGUGAAUCUUAAAUUAAGCAUUCAGGAAAGUAUAAGGAUGGAAUAGAGAUUGGAAUAUGGGAAACUAAAUUCAAAAAUAAAAUUAUGUAAAUUUUAAUAUUGAAAUAAUAAUUAGUGGAGGAGGAUAAUAUGACAACAAUGGAUUGAAAAUAGGAUAAUGGAUAGAAUUACAUUAGAACUUUUUUGAGUGAUAAAAUUCAUAAAAUAUCUAGAUAUUGUUAAGUAUCAUACAAAGGAGAAUACGCCAAUGGGAAAAAGGCUGGUAGAUGGAAUUCCUAUGAUAAAAAGAAAUUGAUGUAUUUAUAAAGAUUAUGAUAAUAGUGGAGGAGGAGAUUAUAAUAUGAAUAAUUAAAAGAAUGGAAUGUGGAUUGAUUUACAUGAUGAUUUUUGGCAGUAAUAUUCAUCUUUAAUAAUAAAGGUUUUGUCAAGUCACUUAUUAAGGAGAAUAUUUAAAUGGAAUUAAAAAAGGAGAAUGGAAAUCUAAUUAUUAUACUAAAUCUAUGUAAUAAUGUUAUGGUUCAUUUAAGAGCAGGAGGAUUAUAUGAUGAUUUUGGUUAAAAAUAAGGAAAAUGGAAGGAUUUACAUGAUAAUUUUCAUAAGUAAUUAUCAAUCAUAAAUCAAUUCAAGUGGUUGCUAAGUUAUUUUAGUUGGAGAAUACUUAAAUAAUAAAAAAUUUGGGUAAUGGAAUGCUAUGUACAUGGAAUAAAGUGAUGAUGAAUUUAGAAAUAUGUAAAUAAAACAAAUUAUAAUUUAGUGGUGGUGGGGUUUAUGAUGAGAAUGAAACUAAAAUUGGAUUUUGGAAUGUUUUAUAUGAGUACUUUUGCGAGUAAUUUAAUUUAAUAAUUCUAGCACCUGCUAAAUAUUUUAUAGUGGAGAAUACAAAAAUGGAAAGAAAAAUGGAAAAUUUGAUGUUAAAUACAAAAAAUAAUAUGAAAAUGAACUUAAAAUUAUGUAAGUGAUUAAUGAAACACUAUAGAGGUGGAGGUACAUAUAAUGAUAAUGGAUUAAAAGACGGUAAAUGGAUAGAAACGUCCAAUGUGUUUUCUUUGUACUUUUCAAAUUAAUAUUACAAGUUAUAUAUUCAUCCUAUUGGAAAAUGAAUAUUAAAAUGGAGUGAGAAUUUAAAGUUAAGCUAAAAAAUAAUGAUCAUAGAAAAGGGAA